UCCUUUUCUUGAAUUAAUUGUGUUUAUAUUUGAUUUUGAUUUUGAUUAGACGGAGUUUUUAAAUUGUGCACAAUGGUAAUAAAUAACAACGACCAAUUAGCAGAGGAAUUACAGCGACAAGAACUUGAGGCUCCCAAUGGUAUUGCAGCUCCUCAGGUGUAUCAACAACUUCUAGCUAUUUAUUUAUACCAAAAUGAUUUAUGCAAUGCAAAAUAUUUGUGGAAGCGUAUUCCACCAACAGUUAAAACUUCUACUCCAGAGCUUGCUCACAUUUGGGCAGUGGGACAAAGUAUGUGGAAAAGAGAUUUCCCAGCUAUUUAUACAGCUUUGAAUGCUGUUACUUGGUCAGAUAUAGUGGCAGAUAUUAUGAAACAAGUUCAAGAAGUUGUUCGAACCAGGGCUGUUGAUUUAAUAUCUCAAGCAUAUUCAUCCAUAACUUUAGACACAGUAUCUGCAAUGACAGGCUUACCUCUAGAGGUAUGCGUACCAGCUUGUGAAGAGAGAGGUUGGAAAUAUGACGCAGAAUCAAAAAUUAUACAUCCAGUAAGAAAAGUUGUCGAAUACGUGGGACAGACUAGUAGUGAAGAUCAACUAUCUAAAUUGACUGAUUUUGUUUCUUUCUUGGAAAAUUAGAUAUUUGCUUGAAUUGUGUUUUGUUAGGUAUAUUUUUAAUAAACUUUUAUUUAUG